CAAAAGGCUCGUCUUGAUUUUGCUUUGAUCGGUGCGGAGUGGAAUCUCUUCUGAAUCGCGGUCCGAGUGUAGUGUGUGUGCGUUUGACUUUUGCUGCUCGUCCGAAUUUGGCUCUUGUACGAUAGAUUGAUUGCAUUUGUCGCAGUUCCGAUACCGAACCGCUACUACUAGCAAAUAAAAGUUCCGUGUGAAAUCCUCCGGUUCCCAGCAAACAACAGAGCAGCAGACAGGAUGAUGCUCGCUACGGCCGCCGUACGGGGAUUGACCCGCCGUUCGUUUUCGACCUCGAAAGUCCUUUCCGCCCAGCAGUUGACCGUCCGCGAUGCCCUCAACUCGGCCCUGGACGAAGAGAUGCAACGGGACGAGCGGGUGUUCAUUCUGGGCGAGGAAGUUGCCCAGUACGACGGUGCCUACAAGGUAUCUCGUGGCCUGUGGAAGAAGUACGGUGACAAGCGAGUGAUCGACACGCCCAUCACCGAGAUGGGCUUCGCCGGUAUUGCCGUCGGUGCUGCCAUGGCCGGUCUGCGUCCGGUGUGCGAGUUCAUGACCUUCAACUUCUCCAUGCAGGCCAUUGAUCACGUCAUCAACUCGGCUGCCAAAACUUUCUACAUGUCCGCCGGUACCGUGAACGUACCGAUCGUCUUCCGAGGACCGAACGGAGCUGCCGCCGGUGUGGGCGCUCAGCAUUCGCAGUGCUUCGGUGCGUGGUACGCGCACUGUCCGGGAUUGAAGGUGAUCUCACCGUACGACAGCGAGGAUGCCAAGGGUCUCCUCAAGGCUGCCAUCCGCGAUCCCGAUCCAGUUGUGUUCCUGGAGAACGAAAUGGUCUACGGUGUUGGGUUCCCGGUGUCGGAUCAGGUGCUGGAUAAGGAGUUUGUACUGCCCAUCGGUAAGGCCAAGAUCAUGCGACCGGGCAAGCACAUCACCCUGGUGGCCCAUUCGAAGGCAGUGGACAAUGCUCUGCAGGCAGCGAACGAACUAGCCGGCAAGGGCGUCGAGUGUGAGGUGAUUAAUCUACGUACGUUGCGUCCGAUGGACACCGACACGAUAUUCAAGUCGGUUCAGAAGACGCACCACCUGGUCACGAUCGAGCAGGGCUGGCCACAGAGCGGUAUUGGAUCUGAGAUUUGCGCUAGAAUUAUGGAACACGAAACGUUCUUCCACCUGGACGCUCCGAUUUGGCGUGUGACAGGAGUGGACGUCCCGAUGCCUUAUGCCAAAACGCUGGAAGCGGCGGCACUGCCACAGACUCACGACGUCGUCACUGCAGUUAAUAAAGUGUUAGGUAUUAAGUAAAGCGAGAGCGACAAUGCAAGAGCUCAACCAACAAAUGGAGAAAUACUACACCGUACCAUGUUCGCCAAUAGGUUCUGAGCUAGCGAGGCCCCCACGUAGUUCACAGAGCGAGGGGUUUUAAAGCAUGUUUAAAAGUUAGAAAUCAUUCUUUUCUCUUUAUUUUUUUUUCUUCUUCAAAUUCGAACGAUCGAUCGGGACCGGGCUGAUAAAAAUACAUUUGGUAGGACUAAAAAGUAUUCUCUACUCUAAAGACACGAUGUGAUUCUCAGUAGCGCAACUCAAAUACACAACUUGAAUAAUGCGUUUUUAGUUUAUUUCCUGCAUAUAAAAAAAAAUAUAAAAAUUUCGUUCAUUUUUAAUCAGGUGGAUUCGACUAUGUGCAUGGCUUAAUUUUUUUUUUUAAUUUGUCGACCCAUGCGGAAAGGGAACACUAUUAUGGAGUAGCUUGGGACCUCGCUGCACAGGGAGAACAGUAAACCAUUGUGCUAACAACAGAAUAUCAGGAUAUUAGUAAAGUAGUUGAUAAUAAUUGUACAUAAGACCGAUCACCGCAACGACAAAAUAGUUAUUAAACAGACCCAUGCCACCACCAUAGUCACUUCUCGUCACAGUCGCCAUUUCUUUUCAACUUUCAAUUGUGAAAAUUCAUGGUUUCCUUUCCUAAAAAUGGGAUCCUCUUUUUCGUCAUUCAUCACAACGAGGAUACAAUCUAGAGACAUUGCCAGCAUGAAAUAUAAUUAUGACAACAGCGUA